AUGGAGAAGUUCAUAUCGCAUCCACCGUUGUUGGUACACACAUCUCUGUCUCAGCUGCGGUACUUGAUACUGAGUGAAGGUAUACCUGUGGCAGGGAACGAUAAGCGUAAGCGGAGCAAGCGAGGGAACUUAUCGGGUGGCGAUGAAGUAGAUUCUGGAGGUAGCGAGGCGGACACUCACUCCCAGCAGUCGAUAAAGCGGUUGAGAUGCUACGUGUGGUCUAUCCUGUCUCGUACGUCAAUGGAACGGUGUUCGCAGAAGUAUCUGGCAUUGCUGCAGUUGGGCCCGCCUGAAACUCAUAUACUACAGAAGAUCAAGAACGAUACCUCAAGAACAUUACAGACAGACCCCAAAUUUAGGGCACAGGUGUCUGAAGAUGCACUACUGCGAUGUCUAAGUUGCUUUGCAUGGGAAAUAGAACGCAAGAAAAGACAAGCCGGCGAAGGAGACACUGUGGAUGUUAGUGCCUAUGUGCAAGGUAUGAACGUGCUUCUCGCGCCAUUGUUGUACUCUUGUCCAAGUGAAGCCAUGGCUUACCAGUUGUUCUCUACGAUGUGUAAGAGGAUCAUCCCGGCCUACUUGACCAGAAGUCUCGCAGGCGCACAGAACGGUGCUAGAUUAUUGGAUGCCUGUCUUCGGAUCGUCGACCCAAAGCUAAGUAAGUACCUGGGUGACAACCUUCUGCCGGCAGAAAUCUACGGUAUGCCCUCGAUCCUUACGCUCUCAAGUUGUAACAAGCCCCUCGACCAGGUGUGUCGUCUGUGGGAUUUUAUGUUUGCAUACGGUUUCCACAUGAAUGUUUUAUUCGUGGUCGCUCAAUUGGUGUCCAUCCGUAGCAAAAUAUUCGAGUCAGAAUCACCAAUGAAUAUGCUACGACAACUACCUGAAUUUGACGCGGAUGAGAUCAUUAGGCUGGGUGUUGGAUUUGUUGCCAAGAUACCUCCAGAUCUAUACGAUCUCCUGAUAAGACAUCUGACAGAUCCUGAUAUCGUGAUAGCAGAGUGA